AUGUCGGGCACGACGCGCAGCAUGCACGCGGGGAGCAUGCGGGAAGAAGAAUGGUCCACCACGCGGAGUCGAAUCGUGGGGCUCACGACGCCGUUCGCGCGCUGCAGCGUCGGUAUCGGGCUCCUGAAGGGCGAGGACAAGCAUUACGCACGGGUGUGCACGGAAUGGCCCUCCGAAAGCAGCGGCGGGAGGGGGACUUUCCGCACGACGCCGGUUUUCAUGGCCCGCAGGACGAUGAUGCUCACUGACAUCGGGCGCAUCGAGGCCGAGUGCGGGGAGGCGGACGAAGUGAAUUUCGUGGACGCCCGGGAGCGGCCGUGGCACGCCCUGGAGGGCGCCAACGGCGAGCCGCAGCACGUGGCGAUGGACGACAAGUCGUACGGGCUGUACUGCGUGAUGGACGGGCACAACGGGCACGAGUGCGCGCAGUUCUGCAUGUCGCAGGUCCACAAGGAGGUCCACAAGCGCCUCCCGCCCGGGCCCUGGCCGCUGCACGACGACGCCGCCGCGACGGCGUGGCUCGCGGAGCUCCGCGCCGCGCUCUGCAACGCCCUCGCGGUCAUCGAGAGGAAGUUCGGCGCCGCGGGCAUCCCCUCGGGCUGCACGGUCACCCUUGUUCUUGUUACAGGGUGGCUUGCGACCGUUGCGUCGCUGGGCGACACGCUGGCGUACCUGGACACGGGCAGCGAGGUGGUGCCCGUGACGGCGGACCACCGCCUCGACGUCAGCGAGCGCGAGGUCAAGCGCGUGCGCGCCCACGAGGGCCGCGGCGUGCUGGUGCGGCGCUUGUGCACCUCCCUGCGCGGCGCCGCGGAGGAGUUCGAGGGCGGCGUGGGCCCGCUGCGGGUGUGGCCGGGCGGGCUGGCGCUCGGGCGCGCGCUGGGGGACUUCGACGUCGGCGAGGCGGUGAUUUGCACGCCCACGGUGCAUCAGGUGCGGCUACCCGAGGCGGGGUGCCGCCUCGUGGUGGCGACGGACGGGCUGUGGGACGCGGACAAGACGGUGGGCAACGCGGAGAUGGUGCAGGAGGUGCGGAUGCGGCCGUCGGACACGGCCGCGAAGCUGCUCGUGCGGCGUGCGGGGAAGACGUACGGGCUGGCGGACGACGUGACGGUCAUGGUGGUCGACAUCGUGCCCAAGGCGGCGCAGGUCCGUUCGAGCGCGGACGACUUCGCGCAGCUCGUGGCCGGCUUCGGGAGGGAGAACCCAGUCGAGGCCUGGCACAAGCCCAAGGGCCCCAAGGGCCUCCUCCUCGCGUGCCUCGGCGGGCGCAGGAACAAUAAUAACAAUAAGAGCGCGAAUAGCAGCCACGGGCCCAAGGAGCCGAGCGCGCCGGGCUCUCCCGCGGCGAAGGACGUGCGCAAGGCGCGCUCGGAGCGCAUCGACCGCGCCGCCGCGGACCCCGCGACCCCCGCGAGCGCCCGCGACGUGCUGGCGAUGCCCGACACCACGCGGGAGUGCCCGUCCGUCGGCGUGUCGUCGCCGUGCGGCAUGGACGACGCCGCUAUGGAGGACGAGGCCUCGGAGCCGCUCUUCCUCGCGCCGGGCGCGGCGGGGGACUCCGCGAGAGACCCCCGGGUGUCGGUCGACAAGCCGUGGCGCUGGGGGUGGCUCAGCGUCGUGGACCUCGCCGGCGUCGAGGAGCACGCGGGCGGCGGCGAGGCCUGGCCGCACCCGCUCGACAGGGAAAUGCACGAGCACCUCGCGGCGUUCCAGGCCGUGUCCAAGGAGGUGUGGCAGGACUCGGUGGCGGCGCGGCGCGGCAACAAGGACCCCUUCACGGAGCCCGGGAUCGUCGCGCGAUGCUCGGGGCUCUGA